CAGACGCCACGCCAGCACUUACAAUGGAGCAAGCUGCUGUGGGCUAUGGCGCAGGCUGAUGAUGAGUUGGAUGAAGCCACGCCUGCAGACAGGCCAGAAGAUACCACCGAGCCCUGCAACGUUUGUGGUGGGCCAACGGUUCUUUGCUGCUCUGGCUGCGAGGAUGUCUUCUACUGCUCUGUGAGCUGUCAGCAGAAGGAUUGGGCGACCCACAGGCUGGCAUGCCACAAGCGCUCUGACCUGGCCGCGCAACAGGCCUUGACGACCUCCAUUGUGCUAGCGGAGCCCAAGGAGAAGCCACCCAGCAAGCAAGAGAUUGUGCUGGUAGGCAAGGAGCACGCCAUCAAAGGAGCAGAGGAGAAGAGGGAGCAGCUGAGGGCUGCAGCUGUGGCAGCCUCCAGGGAAAGGCGCUACAUGGAUGUCCUGGACUCGGCCAUGCAGGCAUACCAGAUGGGUGCUGCGGAGACGCGGCGACCCACCGCCGGCGAGCCGGACGUGGACCUGAACCAGCUGGUGGAGUUGUUGCUGCUGGCACGCGCGACGCAUGUGGCCGGCGAGCAUGCAUCAGGCUUGAAGUACUUGGACCACUUGUCGAAGAUGGUGGACAAUCUCACUGGCGCCGAUGGCAACCUGCCGAUCUUCCAUCCCUGCUCCGCGGCCACGCUGCUGCUGUGCACUGCGGAGCUCUUUACGCUCUUUGGCCAGCAGGAACGCGCCGCCGACUACAGCCGGGCAUACAUCGCUAUGGCACGUCUUGCGCAUGGCGAGGGCUCUUCGGCGGUGGGCGACGCCUAUGGCUUUCAUGCAGCAGUCCUGGCCCGCAGAGGCAGCCUUGAAGAGGCCUUGCACCACACCAUGAUGAUGCUGCAGGUGAGGCAACGAUGCGGAGACGAGAAGCCCAUUGCGGACGCGCAUUGGAAUGUCGCUGUCUUGCUGAGGGAGCUCCACCAGUACAAGUCGGCCAUUGAGAGCUUGCAGGCUGCCCGCGAGAUCUAUUCCAGAUGUUCUGGCGAGGGCCUGGAUACAUCACAGGCUGACAUUGCCAUGGCAUCGGUGCUUCAGCUGAUAGGAGAACACGCCAAGGCGGUGCAAAGUCUCCGGCAAGCCGUCCGAGCCCGGCAGCGCACAUUUGGCUUCGCCAACCUCCAGACCAAGCAAGCUGCAGAGCUGCUGGCAGAAGCAGAAGGGAAGCUCAAUCAUGAGAACGAGAAGGACUGCGACUCGCGCUCCGAGUCGGAGUUCAGGGCAAAUCGAGCACCGGCGGCACCCGUACCGAUGGCGAGAAGGAGCAGUGCAGGCAAGAGGCCUUCUCGCGGGUGAUGGAGGCAGAGUCAUCCUGGUGUUCAAGGCGGCAGCACCAAUAAACGCUGACGCGGCUGAUCUUGGACCCGUGCACGACAAGGUGAAGCAUGCUACAUCGAGAAGCUGCUGAAUCGCGUGCUGCGGACCGGGCAAGAGACGCCAAAAAGUGUGGCAGAGGGCUCUUCUGCCUGCGCAAAAGUGGGUGUUUGUGUAGGCAGAUGUGUUUGUGUGCGUUUGCGUGUGUAC